UUGUUCCGGGGAUCUAAGAUGACUGCGCUGGAGGUAUCGUUGCGUACGGUGCGGAUUUGGGCGCUCAUGGCGGAUUGAAUAGCAGCCGCCGGAACGACGAGACAACCAGAGAGGGCCCGUACUGUCGUAUCCUAUGCCUGCGCCGUUUGGUUCUACUUCCCCAGCAAUGCACAUGAAGUUUUCAUCUCAACCUGUCAAAAAGGACACAGUCUCCACUAGUCUCAGUUGUUAAAUGAAUUCCGUGUCACCCACCUCAGUGCAGUACUUAAGCCAGGAAGAGUUGCACCAUACAGAUGGAAGGCAGUUUUUUAAUCCCAGAGCCAGCAACCAGGGAGGGAGCUAUCCAGGUGUUUUCCCCAGAAGUGCCAUCUGCAGCCAGUAUAGUGAACCUGAUGAAGUGGACAAGAUCAAGAGCAAGCUCCUCUCUACCUGGAACAAUAUGAAAUAUGGUUGGAGUCUCAGAAUCAAAACCAAUUUCAGCAAGGUUUCCCCAGUCCAUCUCUUUGGACGUGUCUAUCACUUUGGAGAAGAGGAGGAUGUGGAGCGUUUCCAGAAAGACUUUGCCUCACGUAUCUGGCUGACUUACCGUCGAGAUUUUCAGCAACUCGAAGGCACUGCAUGGACCACUGACUGUGGCUGGGGCUGUAUGUUGCGCAGUGGGCAGAUGCUGCUUGCGCAGGGUCUCCUUGUCCAUUUUCUCAGCAAAGACUGGACCUGGUCAGAUGUCCUUAUCGCUACCAAUUUGACAGAUAUGCAGCCCAUGAAAGCUGCCUCUCUGCCCUGUCCCAGCAUCUCUCAUCUGCACCAAGCUUCAUCCAUCCCCACUAAUAAGACCAUAGGUCCCUGGGAAUUGUGGGCUCAUCGGCAUACCUGUGGAUCUGAUGAACUGGAGAAGGAAUGCUACCACCGUAAGAUUAUUUCAUGGUUUGCAGAUCAGCCACAAGCACCCUUUGGGAUCCAUCAACUAGUUGAUCUUGGGCAUAAUUCAGGGAAGAAAGCUGGAGAUUGGUAUGGCCCUUCUGUUACUGCCCACAUCCUCAGGAAAGCAGUGGAUUGCUCCAUAGAAGCAGGCAACCUGGUAAUAUAUGUUUCUCAGGAUUGCACAGUGUACAAAGGGGAUGUGGCAAACCUAGCCAAGAAGAAUAACAGCAGGACUCCAUGGGAUCCUGAGGCAGAAUGGAAAGCAGUCAUUAUCCUGGUGCCCAUGCGGCUAGGUGGAGAGACUUUUAAUCCUGCCUAUGUGGAGUGCAUCAAGGAGCUGUUGAAAUUAGAUUUCUGCAUUGGAAUUAUUGGAGGAAAACCAAAACAUUCAUUGUACUUUGUCGGAUAUCAAGAUGACUUCUUGUUAUACUUGGAUCCCCAUUACUGCCAGCCUUUUGUGGAUACCACUAAGGAGAACUUUCCUGUAGAGACUUUCCAUUGUAACUACCCUCGAAAAACAUCAUUCACAAAGUUGGAUCCCAGCUGUACUAUUGGAUUCUAUGUACGUCACAGAAUAGAAUUUGAACAUCUCUGCUUGGACUUAAUUCGGAUCCUAAACUAUGCAGCUGUCAAAGAAAAAUAUCCCAUGUUCUCGGUUGUGGAGGGAUGCGCUCAGGAAUAUGGUUUGGAAGAGAUGUGUGCCCACUUUGCCCAGCAAACCAUGCAAGUCCAACGGCAUAGUAAAUGGGACAGAAUAAAGAAGCCCUCAGCUGAGGAAUUUGUCGUCUUAUGAUUGCUGUCUAGCCAGACCCACCACCUCAGACUUAUUUUUUAUUUAUGUAGAGAAUGUAGGCUUGAAAUAGAGCUGCGUUUCUUAAGUCCAAAAAAGAAAUCUGAGACAAAGCAGUUGUCUUUGCUUCCCUGACCUCUAGUACCUCAGCUGUUCCUUAUGGAGGACACUGGGGAAAAAAUUACCUUGGGGACCCUAAACCCAUACACAGACCUAUUCUCACCUUUUGUUAGGCUGCUAACAGAAGGUCGUGACACUGGAAUAAAGCUGCUGAAUGUAAAAAAAGGACAUUUAGUACUAAAAUGACAGCCUUGACCUUUUUUUGAGUAUAAAGGAAACAGUCAGAUAAGGAUUAUUAAAGAGACUGUCGGUUAGCUUCAGAUUUGUCUUUCCUAUCAAUACUGAGCAUCAGCCUGAAACCAAGAGCUUUCUUUUCAUCAGCUCUGGACUUUUUUCAUAGGCCCUUAAAAAGAAGGAAGAAAAGAAACAGAACAGUAUAGUCUCUUUUUAAAUUGCAUUUUUGUGCAUAUGGAGGGAAGACCCUGUCUUAAUUUCAGUUUAAAGGCUGAGGAUUUCUUCAAACAGCCAUUCAUUGAGCAACUGAAUUGGAAAAAACAAGACAAGUAUAAAACGGAGUGGCUGCUAACAUCUUUGUUGGCUUGAAUAAACAAUAUUGUCAUAACAUAAAUAAAGAACUGAAGGGCUUACUCUCCCA